AUGGCUUUAAAGUAUGAAUUAGAACAAUGGGCCACUGCUGUUGUCGCCUAUGAUGAAGACGACUUUAACAAAGCUCUCGAGAUUUUUGAGAGUAUUGCAGACUCUGCAAAAUUUCAUUUCAACAUGGGAUUGAUAUACGCAACUUGUGGAGAGCAUGAAGAAGCUUGUGGAGCAUACGAACAGGCAACCAAAUUGGACGUAUACUUUGCAGUAGCCUAUUUUCAAAAGGGUGUCUCCCAUUUUUUAUUGGGCGAUUUUGAAUCCGCACUCACAAGUUUCAAUGACGCAUUGCUUUAUCUUCGCGGUAACAUGCUGAUAGAUUACGAGCAACUUGGUCUCAAAUUCCGUCUAUAUUCAUGUGAAGUUUUAUUUAAUCGAGGGUUAUGCUAUUUGUAUUUGGGUCAGACGGAAAAGGGUUUGGAUGAUUUUGCUUAUGCGGCGAAAGAAAAGCAAACUGAGGAACAUGAUGUAAUUGAUGAAGCUAUGGUAGUCCAAGGCCAGGGUUUUACAGUCUUUUCAAUUCCUGUGGGAGUAAUCUAUAGGCCACCAGAAGGAAAGUUGAAGAAUGUAAAAACGAAAAACUAUCUAGGAGAGCCGACUUUGAUUGCUGUCGUCGAUCCAGGAGAUGCCUUUGUCGGAUUUACAGGUGCAGAACAGCUAAAGAACCAACAAAUGAGUACGACAGCACCAAUAACCAAGGAGCGAACCGACGGAAGGGUCGAUUCGUUUGAUGGCAACGGCUCGCGCCCAGGAUCACCGCUCGAUCGCCCACGCUCAUUAUCAACAAAUCCACGUAAUCCACCAUUCCCUGCUAUAAGCACACGUCCAAGUAUUCGGCGCCAACAACCACAACGUAAGAACACUUUGCCAUCAGUGAGAGAAGCCCCCUCGCUUGCACCAAACAAUGGGCGUAAUGUUGGCCCGCCUAAAGUACCGCCAGGUGAUGAAACGGGUGGAACACGCCCUCUUCGUCGGCCGACGGAUAUACUUGUUUCGAACCAUUAUCGAUCCAACACUAUUGACAGUGGCCGUCCAUCUCCAAAACUUACGCCUGCUCGUCAGAAUUCUCUUCGGAAAGUAGCGAGAAAUGGGUCGCUUCGACGCGAGCCCUCGCCUAAUACAGCGAAUGCAGGACUACCUUCUCGAAGACAAGAUUCAUUGCGUCGCGAUCGAUCUCCGAAUCCUCGAGUUGAGCUCCCUCCAUCUAACGACUAUCCGCGACCUCCGUACAUGCAAGGAAAAAUGCCAAUCCAACAGCAAGUGGAUGAAUCAAAUGGUGUCUAUCCCAACGCGUAUCAAAAUUUAAGUCCGAGCAAUACCGAAGAUUUUAACCAAUUGUAUGAUUUUAUUAUGAAUAAUGAUAAUGGUUAUUAUAUGGAUGGGAAUAAACCUGAUAAUAAUUUACCAUUGUUGAACGGCAACAGUGAUAAUCAAGGAGUACGCAAGAUUCAAUCGCCUCCCCCCGAUGGUCAGAAGGCGGCCGGAUAUUUGUUGUCUCCUCGGCAAGAAGGUAUGCAAGGUCUCGAACUAAGUCCUGAUGAUAAAAGAACAUAUGCAAGUAUAUUGUUCAAUCAAGAUGGCGAUGAUGCAUAUCAAUACGGAGAUGAAGAUGAUACACAAUUUGUCCUAUUAGGGUCCCCUAACGCGAAGAAUGGUGUAAAUCCGCAAGUUACAAGUGGGAAAAAGGGUCUGAAGAAGGAAGAUAAUUUUAAGAUUCGAAUCAAAUGCUAUCAUAAAGAUACCCGAGCCUUCAUAGUACCCAACACUAUAACAUAUGAAGAUCUUGUCAGGCGAAUUCAGGAAAAGUUUGGUAAUCUGUCACAGUUUAAAUUGAGAUAUAAGGAUGAUGAUGGUACAAAGGUUACUUUAACGGAUCAGGAGGAUCUUGAGAUGGCUCUUUCACACGCUGCUGCGUCUUCGGAUGGCAUAAGGAAGAUGGAGCUAUGGAUAAACGACGAUUAA